AUGGAUGACGACAAGUUCGAUCUGUACAGCGAUGACCUGUACUCUGACGUGCUGGGCAAACCCGAAGAUGACCAUGCAAUGAAAGCCGAACCCGAAACAGAGGUCGAACAGAACGGCUCCUCCUCGUCCCCUGCAAACACUUCGGCCAAACGUCAACGCGCUGAUUCGACUGAUGAAAAGCCACCCACGUCAACUCAACAGCAAUCUUCAUCCAACGCAUCGCAACCAUCUACAUCGUCUUACCAGCGUCAUCAGAAUGAACCCGCCGCACCCUCGGCACCCUCGCUUCCUCCCCACCCUUCUUCGUCCUCGUCACACUCGCCCGCACCGCAGCGCAGCACAAUGUCGACGCUCGCCGGCCGCCCCAAAGUCACGGAUCCAAACAUUCAGAACGCCGUCUAUAUCGGCGACCUCAAUUGGUGGGCCACAGACGAAGAGAUCCGCCAGAUUGCUGCCUCCGUCGGCGUCACCGUCAGCCUACAAGACAUCACCUUCUCCGAACACAAGGUCAAUGGCAAAAGCAAGGGAGUAGCCUAUGUCGAGACGGACAGCGAAGCGGAUGCCAAGCGAAUCAAGACGUGGUUCGAGGAGAACGACUUCCAGUUCCGCAGGGCGAACGUGACGCUGACGACAAGUGCGAAUGGCAACCCGUUCCGCACGCUACCCAAGGAUCCGAUGCCCAAGACGGAUCGUCCGCAGCGCGGGGGUAUGGGCAUGGGUAUGGGUGGUCGGGGUGGAGGCGGCAUGGGCAGAGGAGGUCACAGUGGCUCUCAGCCCCCCAUGGCAGGCGCGCCGAUCCGGAUGGGUGGCAACAACGCCGGUGCGCCGCCGAUGGGCAUGAUGAACCCCAUGAUGAUGGGCAUGAUGGGUGCCGGCGGCAAUCCUGGCACGGGAGCCAACAGCGGCGGACGACCAUACGGCAGAGGCGGCGGGCGUGGCGGUGGUGGCGGUGGCGGUUGGGGCAACCGCGGUGGUCGUGGAGGUAAUGCUGGCGGAGGAGCAGGAGCGGGACACUUUAACCCCAACUUCUUCGGCAUGCCCGGCGCAGGCGGCAUGAUGGGCAUGCCCAUGAACCCCAUGAUGCAGAUGGGCAUGGGGUCCAACGGUGGAGGAGCAGCAGGGCAACAGGGCGGCGGAAAUGGUUCAGCAGGCAUGGGCGCAGACGAUCGCGAACGCAAACGCCAUCGAAUGGAUGAGAAUUGA